AAAGUAAUGAUUCUAUUUCCUGCAUUCAAGAAGGAUGUACUUAUAGAAAUCGUAAACCUAUCAAUAGACAAAAAAGUAUUGCAGAUCACUAUAAACGAAACCAUCUUGAAAUUUAUAAAUAUCAAAAUAAACCUUAUUCGAGAACUUUUAACCGAUUGAAUAAAUAUAUUAAAAAUGAAGAAAUCUUUCUUGAAGAAACUUCUAAUUCUAAUGGAAAAGGAAAAAGAAUUAUAUAUUACGAAAAUUCAGAUGUUGUACUUUAUCUUUAUGGACCUGGUGAAAGUGGAAAAUCUGGGUUAGUUACAGAGUUAUUUGGUGAUGAAUUAUACAAGAAACUAGAAAUGAUAAAAUCAGAACCUGAUUAUUGGGAUGGUUAUAAUGGACAAGAUAUUAUUCUUUUUGAUGAAUGUGAUACAAAGAUUAAUUAUAAUGAUAAUGAAAAUACUCCAAAAAUUAUUGCAUCUCAUAAAAAAGGAAAAUAUUUAGAUAAAGAAUCUUUUGUUGUUGAUAUUGAUUCGACUUAUAAUUUCUAUUACAAAAAUCAAAAAUUUUUAAAAUUGGAACCACGUAAAUAUGAAAUUGGUCAUUGUGGAAUAAAUGGAACUAAUGAUUAUAUUAUUUUCAUGUGUGAAAAUAAGAAAAUAGAAAAAAUUCCAAAUUCAUAUACAUGUGAAUUCAACAGAAAAUCUUUAAAGAAAAAAAUUAUUAAUGGAAUCGAAUGUUUUGAAAUAAUUGAUACUGGUGUAUAUACUAUCUAUAGAGAUUCUAAAGUUUAUGAUAGAAUAACUAUUGCUGAAAUUCGAACUUAUUAUCACAAUGAAGAUGAUGAUAUUGAAAAUUUUACUAUUUCAUAUAUUUAA